CGAGCAGAUGUCUGCCCCACCCAGGCGCAUCCACAUGUGCCUCUGGCCCGUGUUGACGUGUCUCUUGGUUGGAGGGGGCUGAGGCGCCUCUGUUGGAUCACCGGUUGCCACAAGUUUUGUUUGCAUAAAUUCAUCCACUUUGUCCACACCUCAUCUCGCCUCACUUCCCCUCGUCCCUCCUGUCCCAAUUCUCCGGCGCCCCCAGGGCUCCUUUAUCGUCCUGCCAGACGACUGGUCAGGACUGAUGUCACCACCUCGACGCCUGUAGGCCUGAAACUGGGCUUCGAGAUACGUAAGUUGGGCAUUUUGGCCUACAUCAAGCGCUCAACUCAACCCAACCCAAACGCCCUUCGCAUUCUAAUGCCACCUGCCCUACCGUGGCAUUAUCUUCUUUUGGCCUCCUUGCUGGGCUCUGCCUGCCCUACACUUGAACUUGCUGUCCUACAUGCGGAUCUGAGUCCGUGGAUGAUGCAACUGUUGGCCAUCAAAGUUGUAUUUGUUACAUAG